AUGUCUAAGAUCCUCUCCGUGGCGCUUUUCGCCUCUUACGCUGCGGCUCAAACGACCGCUCAGGUCUGGAUGCCCGGUCUAGGCGAUAUGGGCAUUUCGUACGAGGGUUCUGUGGUCAGCGUUGACAACGACCGCACUAUCAUGUCUGUGGCUGUGCAGGGUAUUACCCUCGACGACUCACUGGCCGAUGUCCCUUCGACCAUCACUGUCGGAGGCAACACCUACUAUGAAUAUGACGCCUCCAAUGACCACUACGGCGUGACGGUGACCGUCUCCGGCGCAUGCUCGCGCCAGAACACCGACGAAGCGGAGGCAACCUGCACCCAAACUACCAUUGGCCUCGAAUCCGAAAUGAGCUCUCUAUGCGCUGACCCAGAAUACGCUUCCUCCCUCUGCCCGGACGGUGUGGAUGCCGCUCUCUCCUUCAGUACAGUGUUCCCCGAAGGCUACUUCGACCUGUUCGCCGUCGUCAUCACCGAGGGCGGUGACUCCCUUCCCAGUGCCACAGCGGCCGCAUCAGUAUCGGCCGGCAGCGCUUCCGUAACAGCGUCCCGUUCCACUGUCACAUCCGCAGCUUCUGGAUCUGCCACUGCUACCAAAUCCGACUCUGACGCAGCGGCAAGCACUGGCUCGGAACCUGCUGCUAGCUCUGGAGCUUCUGCUACCUCCAGCGGUCCUGAGGAAGUAGCCACUGGCGCUGCCCACAUGGUUCAAGUCCCAGCUCUGGCUGGUCUUGGUGCCGCUGUUGCCGCUUUCUUCUUGUAA